AUGGCGGAGGUAGUCCAAUUCGAUUGGUACUAUAGUUGUAGGAAUAAGACAACGAAAUUUGAAUUUUUGGUGGAUAACAUACCAAUAAGAGUGUUCAACAACCACGAAGCAAUUGGAGUUGCAUUUCCUAAGAAUCAAGCAAUGAGAGUUUACGCGAGUUUAUGGAAUGCUGAUGACUGGGCAACACAAGGCGGGCGAGUGAAAACAGAUUGGUCCUUGGCUCCGUUUACAGCUUCUUACAGGAAUUUCAAUACAAAUGCUUGUGUUUGGUCAGCUGCAUCGUCUACUUCGUCUUGUGGAGGCUAUAAGGCUGACUCAGUGAAUAAUGAUCAGGCUUGGCAAACUCAAGAACCGAAUGCCAAUGGCAGAAAUAGGCUUAGAUGGGUGCAGCAGAAAUACAUGAUUUAUAAUUACUGUGCAGAUGCUCAAAGGUUCUCUCAAGGCUUUCCUCCUGAAUGCAAACGUUAGAGGUUCUAAGGAUUAAGUCAGUCAAUGUUGUCUAUAGAAUUCUUGUUUUUCUUUAAUUUUGUUCUGGGAUGUCAGGAGGAAAAAGAGCAUAGUGUAAUCAUUUGUUAAGCAAUAUAUUCAUUAUUCUUUUUGUAAUCGUGAAAUAGAAAUAACAAUAAAUCAUUUUCCUGCAACUCGAGCUUGUACUUGGCAACUCUGCUGGCACCAUCACCACCUUAUUGUUCAAUACUUCAAUUCCGCUGUUUUAAAGCUAUCCCACCUCUGUAUAUACUAUUAUUCCACUAACAAGUUGGUUCUAUGAUAAUAUCGUUACCUUCUCAACGAGUGGCACUCGUACAAGAUUGAUUCAGCUCUUAGGCAGUCUGGGGGAACCCAUAUACAGCUUAUGUCUAAGGAAAAGGCAACAAAGAUCAGCAAUUUCGGACUUUGUUUUGAGCCUACCACUCUCUUCCACACCUAUUCGAUCCUCAUGGAUUUCAAACCACAUCAUGUAAUAACUCAAAGGCGCCUUGCAGCUUUCAUUGCAAAAUUUUAUGUAACAUUCCCCUUGGACAACAACCAACCGAGCCACUGAUCCGCCAUUCCCCAAGACAGAAAUGAUGGUCCAUACAAGCUUGUGGAACGCCAAUAACUAGGCACAACAAAGCCUCAU